AUGCCCGCGCCACUAGCCAAAGGCAUCAUCAUCGCCGCUUCCAUAGUAGUCGCCGCCGGCAUCGCCAUAUACGAGUCGCCUCAAGUCCGCGCAUGGGUCGACCAGUCUCGUCGCAAGAUCGCCGUAGCGCUCCACAACCUCGGCGAUGACAUGCAGCCUCGCCGCCCCAGCGAAUCGUCGGACGACUUCGACCUGAGGAAGCGGAGAAGGGAAGAGCUCAUUCGACGGAACAGGAAUGAGCUCAUCAGACGUGCCAGAGAGGAGGGCGUGGCCGUCGAUCUGGACGAGCUGGCGAAAAUCGGCAACGAAGACAUCGAACUGGCGCAGCAGAGGUCACGAGCCGACCGCACCAAGAGCUUCGACACCAUGGUAGGAAGCGACGGCACCCUCAGGAACGACACAACUGCUACCGGAAACGACGUAUCGGACAACGGCCUCAAGAAGCGCGGUGCUGCUGGCUUUGCUGCGGGCGCUGCUGCGGCUGCGACCAUGGCCAACCCCUUCGUCGACGAGAAUGUGCUCUUCGACGUGGGCGAUGACGAAGAAGCCCCGUCGCCAAAGGAGUUCAUCUAUGCCGAGCCUGCGUCGCGCGAAAGCACUGCCACUCUCGACGCUGCCCCGCCUGCCGCCUCCGCGCCUCUGAUCGACCUGACUCAAAGCAACGACGAGAUCGACCCAGCUGCACAGUCCUUCUACUCCUUCACAUCCUCCAACUCACACGCCGAGGUCCCUCUCGCGCACACUCAGUUCUUCGACGACGAGGCCGAGCACAUGUCCGCCGGAACCUUGACACCGCGCUCCGAGCGCUCCCACUCCAUUGUCACAGGCGCUUCCGUGGCUGCCAGCAACGCCGACGACAUUGGCAUCCUCAGCAUGCAAAACGACACUGACCAUGACGCUCGAUCAGAAAUCUUCUCCGAGGGCGGCUUCACCGAUGGCUUCUCAGAAGGAGGUUUCAGCGAAUUCGGCGACAAUGACAGGACAGGUAUCAUGACGCCAAAUUCGUGGACCGACGUCGGCAGUGACGACGAGAGCGAAUGGGGUGGUGCCCAGCAGAACGGGCACGUGAGCCAGGUGCAUCAGUAG